CCGCUUGUGAAAAUCAUCCGGGGGAAACCGCGAAUCGGGAGAAAAACUUUCGUUCCGGGCCUCACAGUGCGCAUGCCCAGUAACAAACAGCAAGCAUGGAGGACGUGAGCCGCUGAAGAUUUUACUAUAAAAUCACCCUGGAUUACCAAAUUAAAGAAACAUGAUGCGCAGAUCAAGAAUCAGUGUUCGGCCCAAUGUAAAGCCAACAGGCAGAGCUCAGACAGCCUCUCGAGAUGCAUCUGUAGAUAAUGUUCAGCCUCCCCAGGCUUCUGCUGGCUCCGCUUCAUCUGAGGGGUCACAUGUCACGGCUGAGAAGUUGAAGACUGACUCUUCUAUAACCGCUUUGGAUCCGACCAAUGAGGAAGCGUCUCAGAGUAGCUGCCCUAGAGACCAGUUGGAGACUAGUAGACAUGGAGAGAAUGCAGCUUCUAAAAGUUCUGAUGCCCAGGAUUCAACAAGCACCUCUGUGACUUCUGGCCCUCAGAGGAGGAAACGCUUCGCAGCUCUGCCCAACCUGGCCAAACCACGAGCCUCCCCAGCCUCAUCUAGGACUCCUAAAUCCCCAUCCAAGUCCCCUGUAAAACCAGUAACACCCAGUGACCCUGAAAACUCAACCUCCACUGAAGAGUCUUCCCUUCAGAUACCUGAGCCUGUCAACAACCCCAGACUUCCUGGGAGACGGAGACCUUCUGGAGGAGGCAGACAGGCCAACGUUCAGCCCAUCCCUGCAGCCCCACUGCAGAAUGACACAGAGACAGAGACGCAAAAGGAUGGGGUAUUGGAGGACACUCUUGUGCCACUGACUGUCCAGCAAGGGGAGUCCCAGCAUCCCCUUAUAACUUCUCAACCUGAAUCCAUUUUGGUUCAUGAAAACCCUGUUGCUCGUCCUGCUGUGGAAGACGUGGUUGUACUGCAGGAGAGUGAUUCUGGGCCGCCCCCGGGCCAAAGCCAAAUGGAUCUGUUAAGAGAGAGACUUAAGAAAAUUAAGUCGCCAUCAAAGAUAGUAAAUUCCUUGAAAUCUCUGAACGACCCAGCAGACAUGCUCAGGUUAGCUCAGGCAAGGAAGCUUCGGGAACUUCUUAAAAAAGAAAUGCACAAACAAAAGGAAGACAAAAAGAAACCCAAGCUGGGAAUCAGAGAACGCAAGGCACCCAAAGACCACACCAAAAUGACCAUGAGAGAGCUGAUCUAUUACCUCCCUGUGUCCAACCCAAUGAAGUCUUUCACAGAAGAGGAGCAGAAAGCUUCAGAGACCGUAUUAGAUGACUCUUCUACACCAGCGCCUUCUAAGACUCCAGCUGCUCCAUCAGUCCAGGAGGUGGUUGUAGAAGAUGAUGGUCAUGAAGAAGAAGACGAGGAAAGAACAGAAGAAACCCAGCUGGAGGAGGAAGAGCCUCUUCUAGUGCCCAGGGUGAAGGUGGCGGAGGAUGGUUCUCUGAUUAUAGACGAGGAGAGUUUAACAGUCCAGGUGUCAAGAAUGAAAGGACCCAAUCCAGCAGAAGACAGAGAUCCCAUAUUUGAACGUGGCUCUACCACAACCUACUCCAGCUUUAGGAAGGGCACCUACACCAAACCCUGGUCCAGUGGAGAGACUGAAAUGUUUUACUUGGCCAUCAGCAUGGUGGGGACAGACUUCUCCAUGAUUGGUCAGCUGUUUCCACACCGAGCUCGAAUGGAGAUUAAGAACAAGUUCAAGAAAGAGGAGAGAAAUAACUCAUGGAGAAUAGAUAAAGCUUUCAAGGAGAAGCGGCGUUUGGAUUUAGAUUUCUUCAAAAAAUUAAUGGAGCAGAUCCUAAAAGACGAGGAAAAUAAGAAAAACAAGAACAAAGAGCUUGUUAAGUUGGCUAAAGCACAGAGGAGAGUCCAAAGGAAAGUGAGAGCGGCUACAAGAAAGGAAUUGUACUCUUCAACGGAUUCAGACAGUGAUGUGGUGUCUGGAGAAAAGGAGAACGAGGACCUCUCAAAUGAUGGAGGAAGUGAUACCACUCCAAAGAAACGCAGAGGAAGAGGGACAAAUACUCCAGAGAGGAGAAUCAAGAGGAUAGAUGGAGAGACUGCAGUAGAUGAACCUGAGGAGUGUGAAAAUCUUACUUCUGAUGACAGAUACAAGAGUCCUGCUAUUAAACCAGCUCAGCUCAAAGGUCGACCCCAGAGGGCGAUCCCGAACCUCAGCCGCGGAUGGGGGAACAGGAACCCUGUGCCCAGAGGAAAUACCCAGGAGGACAGGACCUCACUCGGGGAGGGGAGUAUGAUGGACCCCAAGGCUAUAAAAGAGAAGCAGCAGUCAGCAGUUCUCCUGGAAUUAGAAGAUUUAGAGGAAGAACCUGACCUGAGUGCUGUACAAGAACAUAUAUUUAAUAAACCAACCAGGUCAGGAAGGAUCCCUAAGCUCUCUCGGCAUGUAAUUCAGGCAGUGGCAGAGGAAGAUGAGGAAGAGCUCUCUGAUCUUCCUGUGUCUUCCAGAUUUCAUGGUCAGGGCAUCAAGGCUUCUGGCAGGAGAGCUAAAUUAAAACCAGGUCCCAGAUUGAAACGGGGCAUGCUUAGGAGGGGAAAAUCUAGGCUGGUGACCUUACUUGCCUCUGGAACUGAAGAUGAUGAUGAGGAUGAGGGAGAAGAGGAAGUAGAAGAAUCUAUCCUGAGCCAGGAAGACUUUCCUUCAAAUCCUGAAGAGGAAAACCAAGCGUUUGUGCCAAUGAGUCUACGCCCUCUACCGCCUGUUAAUUCAGAGGUGGAAGAAACCAUGGAAGAGCUGGACAUUUCUGUGAAUGUGCCUGAUAUCCUGGGCACAUCCCAGAAUGCUUUGUGCCACGAGUUGUCUUGUGAGCAGGCCAUGGUGCCUGUCGGUCCUUUCCCUUGUGAACACCAGUUGGACCUGCUUGUUGACGUCAUUGAGUUCCUUGACCCAGACCACAUGGAGGUAUGUAAAGAGAUCAACAAUGAAGCCGCCCAGACUCUUCUGACCAUCGGGAACUCAGCUCAGAUGAUCAAGACAUCAGAAAUGCCCUGUACAAGUGGAAAUUAUAUUGUUGAACAGUCAAGCAUUGUACAUGAAGAAUUCGUCCAUGAGGAAGUUAUCACAGAAACGGCCAUCCUGUCCGGUUCUUCUGUAAGCUGCGAGUCAGAGACAAAAGGUGAUGUUGAAAUUUCAAGCUAUGAAGCUAUUAUUCCAGAACCUUCUUCUGAAGUAACCCCCACCCGGAAUGAGGAACCUAUCAAAUCACAGACAACUGAAGAAGAUCAUCCUCGUCCCAUUCAACAUGAGACACAGACACAGGUUCCACCAAGUAAAAGAGGGCGAUUCUCCAAACCCAAACCCAAUAUUGGUCAAGGUCUGAGAACCAGACGUGCUCCACUGCAGCAAAUUGCAGGUUCUUUUGGGACCUCUCAGGAUCCAUCUUCCACAGAACAGGAUAAAAAUGCAACACAACCCAUGCAAGAAGACUCUGUCCCUGUGGAUCACCUGCCAGACUCCUCUACCGUCCACACUGAGGUACUACAGCCGGAUCUAUCAUCUAAAAGAAGAGAAGACAGUCCCAAAGUCAUUCCGGAAACAGUGACUAAAGAAGAUAAUCGAUCAGUCUCAUCUUUAAAAAGAAAGAAUAAUUAUAUAAUCCCAGAGGAAAAUAUAAAUGAACAAGAAGCAGUGAGAUUAGAACCACAGCUGACUAAAAGUGUGAGUGAGUCUGAGAGCACAUCAGAUGAGCCCUCUAAACCUGUUAGGAGGUGCCGCGGACCCAAACCUAAACCAAACCUGAUUCAGACAUCCAGGCGCACACAGACACAACACAGCACCACAUCAACCACAACAGUUUUAAAUGAAAAGCCAGCUGUGGAAUCUUCCACAAAAAACUUCACUAAAAGUCCUGAAGAGGAUGCUGUAGCCACCACAGAACUUGAUGUAUUCACAAGCACAGCUCAACAAGUGGUGACCUGGAGCGUUGAAUCAAUACAGACCGUCAAAGAUGUCACCCUGCCAGUUGUUUCUGAAAACAAAUCCAGACAGAAAACUGUAGUCAUGCUGGAUGAGAACAACAGAACCAAUCCCGAGGAAGUUUUUGAAGACGCCACUGUGAAUCGUUAUGGAUGUGAAUCAGAAGACACAUCUGCUGAGCCCACGCCCGAGGAACCUGUGUUUAUACUGUCUCUCACAGAAAUCCCACCCAAUUUAGAUGAGGGGGCGGGCUUUCAGACAGAGCCCCUCCCUUCUGUGGCAGCGCCCGAGUCGCAUUCUCAUGGUCAAAGUGCUUGUGAGAGCAGGGAGGUAUCUCACCUUCUGAUCACAGAUGCUUUAGUUCCUGUGUCAGAGGACGAGGAAAAGAAAAGUGAAUGGAGGGUUGUGGACAAAUCAGUGAAAGGAGAACUGAAACGCAAGACACCAGCCUCCACAUCUCAGGGGAGUACCAUAGAUGAGAGUCAGACAGAACAUCAUGCAGUGGAAGGAUUGGAAAGUCUUGUGGCAGAGGGGACUGAUGAUAAGGAACAUCUGGAGAAGAAAAGAAAACUACCCGAAAGAACAAGGAGAGCAAAGCUGCAAGUUAAACCCACCCCCGUUUCAAGGAGAAAUGCUCAAGGUGUUGAUGCUAAAGAGGACACAGCAGCGCUUUCUUUGAAACAGACUACCUCAUUACCCAUUUCAACACAAAAGACAAGAUCAGUUCCAGAGCAAACUCUGCCUGCUGUCAUCUCAUCAACCAACAACUCGAUAUCAGCCACAAUCUCAGAGAGAGGAGCAACUACAGAUCAUUCUGCAACCAGCGAUAAAACUUGUUCACCUGUCCCUGAAGCGUCUGUCCAGGAAGGAAUCAUGGGAAAAGUGGACCUCUCAGGCAAAGAGACGUUUGAGUUAGCAAGUGGAUCAGACUUGCAAGGUGUCAGUCAAAUCACACCUAUUGCUACAAGUGGGUCGCUUACAAGACCUGGUAGAAGACCCAAGGGGUUCCUGUCCUUCAUUUCUUCUAAGAGUACACAAGGACCCCCAGCACCUCAUCGAGGGGCCAAACCAGGCCCCCCAAAACCAUCAGUCAACACUGCACGUCCUGAGAGAAAACGGAUAGUGGCUGGACCUGUUACCACUCCAACCAACCCUGGAGUAAAGCGGCCUUCUCCGACCCCUGCUUUCACCACUGCGUCUGUCAUCGAGCAGAACUCAGACGAAGAACCCACAAGUGUCUCCAAGUACUUUUUCAGUGACAUCUUUACUGAAGUUGAUGAGCUAGAAGACAUGGAUUAAGGCCAACAGUUGAAAUAACGAACCAGUCACAAUUAACUAAAUAGUCAGGAAUAUAGUUUGACAUCAGGCAGAUGUAUAGACGUGUGAAUAUGUGAAGUUUUUACCAGGACAUUUUAUAAAGAACCACAAAUGAAGAGAUGCAGUGAAAACGUACCUCAGUAACUUAGUCGAUGUAAUGAUGUCUUUCAUGCUAUUAUAUUUUUAUUUAAGGAUAAAUUAGUAUUAAUUUUCUUAUGUUUUUGAUACAGUUGCAGUCUUUUGUGUAAAAGUAAAGUUGAAAUACGAUUCAUGUUUGAACUGAAUUUUUUGUUGUUGUUUUAAAUUUUAUUCAUAGUUCUGAAUCAGCAACAUGUUAAUUUCUCCCAGUUUUCUUACACCAAUUGUUAUUAUUUUUUAUUAUUAUUAUUAUCUGAAAAUGGCAUUUUUGUAUGCUUUUUUUUUUAUUUGGCUUUUCUUUAUAUAUAUAUAAAAUUAUUUUUAAUUAGCAGCUUUAAAACAAGCCUCGAUUUUAAAUAAGCACUGUUCAGUUUUUAGCUCCAUGCUGUCUACAUGCAUUUCUCCACAUUAUUUUGUAGCAUUUUUGUAUUCAGCUUUUAGUCAAAGCUUAACCAUUUUUCAGUUUUAUGCUGUACAUAUUUGCUUCUCAUAUGUGUAUGCAAAGGUUCUCAAGCAAAUGUUUUACUUGUAUGUUUUUGUAAAUAUUUUAAUUAAAACAUUACAGUAUGUUGUAAA